GUUGGAACCGCGCUGCCUGCCAGACCCCGCCGCCCGGAUCCCCUGCUCUGUCCGCCGCCCCACGUGACCGCGCCGACCCCCAGCUCCACCGCAGAGCCCCCUCGCCAUGGCCCUCUUUGAGGCCCUCUUCCUAACGCUGCUGGCGGGCGCUCACGCCGAGCUCCCUGGCUGCAAGAUCCGCAUCACCUCCAAGGCGCUGGAGCUGGUGAAGCAGGAGGGGCUUCGCUUUCUGGAGCAAGAGCUGGAGACUAUCACCAUUCCAGACCUUCGGGGCAGAGAAGGCAGCUUCUACUACAACAUCUCUGAGGUGAAGGUCUCGGAGCUGCAGCUGACAUCCUCCGAGCUCCAUUUCCAGCCAGAGCAGGAGCUGAUGCUACAAAUCACCGACGCCUCCUUGGGGCUGCGCUUCCGGAGACAGCUUCUCUACUGGUUCUUCUAUGAUGCGGGCUAUAUCAACGCCUCCGCCGAGGGCGUGUCCAUCCGCACCGCUUUGCUGCUCUCCCGCGAUCCCACUGGCCGGAUCAAAGUGUCCAACGUCUCCUGCCAGGCCUCUGUCUCCAGAAUGCACGCAGCCUUCGAGGGAACGUUCAAGCAAGUGUAUGAAAUCCUUUCCACGUUCAUCACCUCAGGGAUGCGCUUCCUCCUCAACCAGCAGAUCUGCCCUGUGCUCUACCACACAGGGACGGUGCUGCUCAACUCCCUUCUGGACACUGUGCCUGUGCGCAGUUCUGUGGACGAGCUCGUCGGCAUUGACUACUCUCUCCUGAAGGAUCCUGCAGCCUCCACCAGCAGCCUGGACAUGGACUUCCGGGGGGCCUUCUUUCCCCUGGCCGAGGGGAACUGGAGCAUGCCCAACCGGGCGGUGGAGCCCCAGCUGCAGGAGGAGGAGCGCAUGGUGUACGUGGCCUUCUCUGAGUUCUUCUUCGACUCCGCCAUGGAGAGCUACUUCCGGGCGGGGGCCCUGCGGCUGUCACUGGUGGGGGACAAGGUGCCCCAAGAGCUGGACAUGCUACUGAGAGCCUCCUACUUUGGGAACAUCUUCCUACUGAGCCCGGCAGUGAUCGACUCCCCACUGAAGCUGGAGCUGCAGGUCGUGGCUCCACCGCGCUGCACCAUCAAGCCCUCGGGUACCACCAUCUCCGUCACUGCCAGUGUCACCAUCACCCUGGUCCCGCCCAACCUGCCCGAGGUCCAGCUGUCCAGCAUGACCAUGGAUGCCCGUCUCAGCGCCAAGAUGGCACUCCGGGGGAAGGCGCUGCGCACGCAGCUGGACCUGCGCAGGUUCCGCAUCUACUCCAACCAGUCUGCGCUGGAGUCGCUGGCACUGAUCCCGCUACAGGCCCCUCUGAAGACCAUGCUGCAGAUUGGGGUGAUGCCCAUGCUCAACGAGCGGACCUGGCGGGGGGUGCAGAUCCCACUGCCCGAGGGCAUGGACUUUGUGCAUGAAGUGGUGACAAACCAUGCGGGCUUCCUCACUGUUGGGGCCGACCUCCACUUUGCCAAAGGGCUGCGAGAGGUGAUUGAGAAGAACAGGCCUACUGAAACCAGGGACCCCACGGCAUCCAGUGCCCCACCACCCUCCACAGCAGCGGUCUGAGCCCUCAACCUCCACCCUGGCAGCUACAUUCAGGACUCUAAGGCCUCUCAGGCCCUCCCUCACCCACUCCCAGCCUAUAGUGACGAACCUCUCACUGUCCUCUCUAACCCCCAGUGCCACAGAAAAGACAGGGUUUUAAGCUGUACACAAUUUAUUUCCAUAAUCACAGUCAAUCUAUCAAUUAUAGUCCCUCCAUUCCCUCCCA